AUGGAUAAUUCCCGAGGUGGUGGACGUGAUGGUACUCCGUCUGGGAAGUUUUCCACGUUUAGCAAUGGUGGCAACCAGCGAACCGAGCGGCCACGAGUAAACGCUGUUGGUCGUUGGUCUUAUGUCCUGCAGGACGUUCCUGAAAAAAUGCGGAGUAUUUUCUGCAAUGUUAAUUUCGGCUACGCUGUGCGAUUAACGGCAGUCACCUGUGCCUUCAGUGGUAUAUCGUUUCUCCUUUAUCAGGCUAUCUUUGUGCGUUCACAGUCGGAUCUUCCGCUUGCCGCCCGUUCUCGUUUUGCGCCUGCGGUUCCUGUGACGCUUCUCUCGAAGGAGCGGCUUGGCGGUGGGGACGUGCUGCUGCUGCGCUUUGCCCUUCCGCGGGCGGCGGAUUACUGCGGCUACGCCCCUGUGAGCUCCGUGCGGCUGACGGUGCCGAAUUCCUUUUCCACUUCGCCUCUGGCGUCGCUGCUGGGCGUUGGGCGCCUCAGCCGGUGGUACACGCCGACCAGCCACCCGCAGUGCCGCGGCGUCGUGGAGUUCGCCGUGCGGGACCGCGACCCCGGCCGCAUGGCCGCCCGCCUCCGCCGACUCGAGCGCGGCGAUCGCGUCUGGCUGGGGCGAUGGAUGCGGGAGUUCCCAUACACAAAGAACACAUACGGAGAGCUCGGGCUCAUCUGCUCAACAUCCGGGGCUAGUAUCGCGCUGCAGAUGAUGAGCAUAUUAGACGCCGAUAAGACCGAUAACACGAAACUGCACUUUCUCUACUGUCAUCGUACCGCUAAAGAUAUUCCAUUUAGAGACGUAUUUGAUAAGUAUACCGCACGAAACUCUAAUAGAAUUUUUAUAAAAUACAACGUUAUGUCUCUAGCUCAACAGAAACAGGAAGAUGGAGUUUAUCUUGGUGAAAACGUUUUUUUGGGUCAUAUUGAUCCAUCUAUCGUUAAGAAGGCACUCCCACCACCGGUGGUACUAGAUCCAGAAACAGGAAAUGCGAUACGUCCAAAAAUUUUGAUUUGUGGACCCCAGAGUAUGUUAUUGCCUCUUUGUGGUCGUGUAAGUACGGUGGGUAACUAUACCUAUUGGCAAGGACCAUUCUAUAAAUUCUCAGGGUUUUUGAAAGAUAUGGGUUAUACUCAAAGUCAGGUUUACAAAUUUGGUGUGUCGACACACAUGGCAGUACGCCAAUAA